AGCAUAAAUUAGAAGUACACUUCUUGCUGGGGACGGGACAUUAAUAAGAUCAAACAGAUUGGGUACAUUUCUCAAAAAUAGAUUGUUCUGAUGUAAAAAUGAAAAAAAGUUACAAUUAUUUUCAUGGGAGAAAGUCAGUUUCAAAAUGCUUGCUUCAUAUAAAGGAAAUUUACAGUGGUUGCGUUUUUGUGGUUUUUUUUAGGGGUGAGAUUUAAAAAAUGUGCAUAGGGUGUAAACAAAAAUAUUUUUUUGACAAAUUAUGUAGAAAAUAAAAAUUAAUAAAUGCACAAAAUGCACAGCUGAAUUAACGUUAACAGUAGAAAACAUACAGGAAGACACCUCUCGAAGCAGCUUUCUACUCCAGUUAGCAUGUUCACACAGUUUAAUGUUAUGCUAACGCCGAUGGAGGUCGGACUUUCAGUAGCAAAAUUAGUGGCGUGUUCCCCACCUCCACAACACUGACGUCUGUUUACAUUACUCACAGUGGCUGCUGCUGCUGGCCAAAAAACCCUCUAAUCUGCCUCCUCUUCAAAGAGCAGAGCAGGCAGCAUGUUGACAUGUAUUUCUGUCGGGAUUGUGUGAAUGUGGGGGUUCUAGUCAUCAGCCAAUCAGACAUGCGUUUGUGGGGAAAAAAUGGACCGGCACAUUCAGCAAGUGAAAAGGGGUAGAAGUACUGUAAGUCUGAACAUAAUGAAAGUAAUUCACUUAAUAAUGGUAGGGUCAAUUCAAUCCUUACAACAUAUGGGAAGACAAUCUAAAUAACCUAUAUAACUGAACUCAUUAUAUAAUGCAAAUAAGGUUGCUUAAAAGUUGAGGACAAUUUUAACAUCCUGAAAAGUUGUUAGUGUUAUGUCCCUACCGCCCCUAUGCAAACCUACGCCCUUGUGCAGUAUAUGGCGGAAAACACAGACAAGACUGAAAAAGCAGUUUCUGCUCUUGCACUCCUCUUUAAAAGAAACUGCAGUAUUUUAAGCCAAAACAACUAUUGUGUUUGAUAGAAAAAUGUCUAUAUGCUGCCAUAGCAGAUUCAUGGCACAUUAAGCCCCCGAACUAUUUUUAAUUUGUCCGUUUUACCCUGAAAACCCCCGUUUAGAGACGUCGCGCAACUGCUUUUGUUUCAACCGAGCCAUAAAAAGAAGGUAAGUAUUUAUAUUUAUUAUUCAAAAUUUCUGUCAUUUUAGCUUAGAAUCAUUAAUUGAUGUCUAAUAUUUAGUUUAAAAAAAGAAAACGACUUAAAAAAAUGAUUCACUCGCAUAUUUUAAACUUUUAAAAAAAUUACGUCACAAUGAAAAAUUUGGCGUCUGUAAAAAAGUCACGGAUAGCUACCUCAUAACUAUCGCUUAAUUGGAUUUUUUUUGUUACUAUUGCAUUUCCCCCGAUAUGUUGGAUGAUAAAUAAUCGAUCCAAACAAAGAAAAAUAACCUUUAAAAGGGUAACUAUAUGAAAAAGAAAAUCUCAACCACUCCUUGUUGUCUGCGAUUUCUGCAUUGCGACCCUUGUUAUAUCACCAUGUUUUACCCAUAAAAUCCCCCCCAAAAUCCGGCUGUGGCCAUUCACAGCUGUGUCUUGACACUCGGUGAUACAUGCUACAUGGAGUUUUUUGAUCGAAACAAGGUAAGUACGCAAUAAUAUCUCGUUAAAAUCGUGCGUCUUUAAUUCUGCUCUCGCAUGCUCUCGCCUCCAGUUAGGGUUUUGCUGUUUAAAAAAAUUUUUUUUGUAAAUGCCCUCCCGUUCAAAAUUUUUCUUCCCCCAGAAAAUUGAGAUUUUAAGCUUUCCAGUUAUUUAUCACACUUGCAAAUCGGACAGUUUUGAAAUUUGGAAAAAUUGGGGGUCUCUGAGCGGAACUGCAAGUCACCUAAGUGUUUUCCGCCAUAUAAAAAAGUGUUUUAUUUAUUUAUUUAUUUAUUUUUAAGAAAAACCUGAAUCUGCCCAGCGUCUCGUUUUUUUUACGCAUGCGCAGUUUCACGCUGCUCGCUCCGGUGGAAACUCCUGUUACUCCUCACCACCUCCUCGUCCAUUUCCCCGAGAGAAAAAAAGCCCCCCACGCUUCCCCAAAAAUCAAUGAGUGUUUUAGCGUGAAGGGGGAAAAGGCAGCCACCGACAUCCCUUUCCUGACUCACUCCGGACGCCAAACGGUUUAUCUUUGGACUGAUUUCGUCGCCCUGCGAGCUGCAAUGUAGACUCCGGCAACCUUUGGAUGGUGGACAACACAGCUGAGGGAUAGCAGCGAGUGGAGCAUGGGUACGACUGCCAGCGCAGCGCCGCCACCGCUUGAAAGUGUCCACGGCAACGGGAUGGCCGACAGUAGGCCGUCACUCAGCAUGAGCCCCUUUCACACGGUCAACGUCCACAACAACAAGGCCAAAUCCAUUAUCACCAACAAGGUCGCACCUGUGGUCAUCACGUAUAAUUGCAAGCAGGAAUUUCAGAUCCACGAUGACAUCCGGAAGAGCAACUACAAAGUCGGACGGAUAUCGGACGCCAUGCCCGAACACUACAUGGUGCAGGGCGAGUAUUUCAUGGUGCAGGAUGUGUACAGCAAAGCAGACGUCCUCAGCACAACCAACUCCGUCGGGGCACCUAAUUUCCGCCAGGUGAAAGGAUCGUAUCCGCUAUUCGGGAUGGGUCAGCCCAGUAUGAAUGGCUUCAAACGGGUCUUGCAGAAGCUGCAAGCACAAGGACAUGAGGAGGUGAUUUUCAUUUGCGUGCGAGAGGAGCCGGUGGUCUUCCUGCACAAGGGUGACGACUUUGUUCCGUAUACCCCGAGGAGGAAGGAGAACCUCCAUGAGAACCUCCAUGGUCUGGAAAAGGAGGGACCGGUGGAAGCACUUGAACUCACUGUCAGGAAGGAGCUCCAUGACUUUGCCAAACUCAGUGAAAAUGUCUACUACGUCUACAAUGAUAUCGAGUACCUCAAAGAUGAGCCGCAGAAAAUGGUCAUCACGUGCGAAGAGGACAUCCACGUGACCGAGGAGGUUUACAAGAGGCCCGUUUUCACCUUGCCGGCCUACAGCUAUUACAGAUUACCGUUACCUGUGGAAGGAGCACCUAUGGAAGAAGACUUUGAUGCUUUUGUAAAUAUACUCAGAGAGAUCCCCAGUUUGUCCCUGCGACGCAACACGAGACCGAAGCCGCCCGCGCUGCUCUUCAGUUGCCAGGUGGGUGUUGGCCGCACCAACCUGGCCAUGAUCUUGGGCGCCCUGGCCAUCAACCGCCUCCGGGGUGACUCGGGAACGCCGCCGCCUCUCAGGUCUGAGGAGGCAACAGAGGCACCUACAGAGCCCAAACCAGUCUUCCGCAUCAUCCAGUCUCUGAUCGCCAAGUUGCCUAAUGGGCAGCAAAUCAUGGAGGAGGUGGACCGAGCCAUAGCACUGUGUUCAGAAAUGCAUAACAUUAAAGAAGCAAUAUACGAGAACAAAAGUAAGCUGGAGGGCAUCGGAGAUGAUUAUCAGAUCCAGGGAAACAGCACCAAAAACUACUUCCUCAACAGAACACGUCAGAGCUUAGAGCGCUACUUCUACCUGAUUGUGUUUAAUGCGUACCUCCACGAGCAGUAUCCCCUAGCCUUCGUGUCCAACUUCACCCAGUGGAUGUGCCGCCACACUUGGCUAUACCGCUUGUUGGCCCGGAUGGACCUUUCCGAGCUGUCGGCGCCGCCUGAGCUGGUCACCAGGGGAGCCCGUGUCCUGGUGGCCAGUGAAUAUUUGGCGCCCGACGUCCUGAGCACCGCCAAGGAAAUGAAGGCGGUCAACUUUAGACGCGUGCCAAAGAUGCCCAUCUAUGGCAUGGCACAACCCACAUCUGAGGCCACCGGUGCUGUGCUGGCCCACCUGACGGACGAGAAACGGAAGCACAGCCACAUUCUGUGGAUCAACUUGCAAGAGGAACUGGUUUUAGAAGCAAACGGGCAGAUCUUCUCCCCAAGGGAGCCGUCUCACUUGGAUCAGCACAUCGCCAUCCCAACGUCAGACCCACUUGUCAUUGAAAAACUGGAGACGUCUCUUAAGGAGGAGAUCGUGCGAGCCCAGAAGUGGCUUGAAGUGACUCUGGAGCAGGAGAAGCAGAUGAAGAUGUUCAAGAGCAUCCUGACGGCACAGGAGAUCUUCGCUCAGCACAAGAAGCUCACCCCGGCACUUUCCUACAAGCGCGUACCUCUGCCUGAUUGCAGCGCCCCUCGGGAGGAGGAUUUUGACAAGCUCCUGGACGCAAUGAAGAGCUCCCUGGCCGAGGACUCGAGCGCAGCCUUCGUCUUCAACUGCUCUGACGGCAAAGGCAGGACCACCACGGCCAUGGUUCUCUCUGUGCUGACUCUGUGGCACUUCAACGGGUUUCCUGAGUUCACUGAAGAUGAGAUAGUCAGCGUCCCUGAUGCCAAGUACACAAAAGGAGAGUUUCAGGUUGUGAUGCAGCUCGUUCGCUUGCUCCCCGACGGCCACCGAAUGAAACGAGAAGUGGAUAUGGCUCUUGACUCUGUGUCCGAGACCAUGACACCCAUGCACUACCAUCUGAGGGAGAUCAUCAUCUGUACCUACAGACAGAUCAAAAGCGGCAAGUCGGAGAGGGAGUGUCAUCAACUUCUGCUGAAGAGCCUGCAGUAUCUGGAGCGCUACAUUUACCUCAUCCUGUUCAACACUUACCUGCACCUAGAGAAGAAAGACUCCUGGCAGCGCUCCUUCACACUCUGGAUGGAGCAGGUGGCCUCCAAAGCCGGAGUGUACGACAUCCUCAAUCGGCUGAGCUUCUGUGAGUUCAAGACCCCCAGGGACGCCGCUCCACCGGCCCGGCUGCGUUGGCGCUGGCAGCAGCAGAACAGUCUUUCUGAGCUUCCAUUCAGAGGGCACUUCCUCUGAAGACGGUGGCACGCUGGAAAAACGAACUUUGAUCUGGACUUUGACUUGUGACUUGACAAAAACUGGAAGACUUGACACUUAAAUACUUUAUUUUUACACCUUCAAUUUAACCUGAUUUCGUAUCGUUAGGAAAAUGCUUGCUUGAAAAGGGGAACCCUUGUUAUAGGAAGCUAAAUUGUUACUAAACUCGUUUUCAAAUGUCAUGUGGAAAUUUCUCGGUUUAAUUAAAGCACUUAAGCUCCAGUCGGUCUGGUCGUCAGUCAAAGCGGAUUGCCUGACUGAUAGUCAUGUGAAAAAAUUUGGACACCCCUUUAAAUAUGCAGUUCUUUAUUAAGAAGUGUUCACAUAUCAAUGUCUGAUCUUGUUUUUAUGUCUGAAAAAGAAAGUGAUAACAAUAAUUACCAUUGUUUUACUCAUUAAACCUAAUAUAUCAAGAAAAAUGCAUAAUCUAACUGAGGAAAAAGUUAGGACCCCCUACCACCUAAUAGAUAGCCACCUUUGGCUGAAAUAACUUGAGUGAGACGCUUUUUGUAGCCGACUACCAGUCUUUGACAUCGGUCUGAUGAAAGUUUGCCCCACUCCUCGAAGCAGAAUACUUUCAUGAUUUUAUCUGUGAGAUGUUUGAGGGGUUUCUUGAAUGUACAGCCCGUUUCCAGUCACCCCACAGCAUCUCAAUUGGAUUAAGACCUGGGCUUUGACUCUGCCAUUCCAGGACCCCAUUUUUCCUUUUCAGCCAGUCCUUGGCGGAUUUAAUGGUAUGUUUUGGGUCAUUGUCAUGUUGCAUUGUCAAGUUUCGCUUCAGCUUUCACAGAUGAUCUCAUAUGUUCCUCAAACACCCUAUGAUAAACGAUAGAAUUAAUGGUUGAUUCUAGGAUGGUGAGCCGACCAGGUCCUGCUGCAGCAAAACAUCCCCAAACAAUGACACUUCCACCUCCAAACUGUUCAAUUUUAGAUUCAUCUGUCCAAAGAAACUAUUCCAGAAGUCCUGGUCUUUGUCUACAUUCACUAUGGCAAACUUCAGUCUGGCCUUCAUGUUCUUCUUGGAGAGCAAAGGAUUCCUCCUUGCACACCUCCCAUGAAGGUUAAAUUUGUGAAGUCUUUUUCUAAUUGUAGAGGCAUGCGCUUUCGCACCAACAGUAGCAAGACCCUGCUGUAGGUCCGGUGAUGACAUUUUAGGGUUUUUGGAGACUUCUUUAAGCAUCUUGUGGUCUGCUUUUAGGGUGAACUUGCUUGGAUGGCCAGACCUGUGUCCUCCACUUGUAGACUAUUUUCCGGACAGAUUAAUGGCUGAUUUUAUAUUGUUUUGAGAUCUUUUGAAAUCCCUUAGCAGACUCAAAAGCGUCUACAAUGUUCUUUCUGAAGGCCUCAGAGAGCUCCUUUGAUCUCACCAUGGUGUUUUCUCUCACUUCAACUGUCAGGGGCACACCAAAUUAAAUGUGUGGUUUAAAUAAGGCAAGCCACCUUCAAAACACUGGAUAAUGAUGUUCUAAUCAUGUGCACCUGAUGUGAUACACCUGUGUGUGAUUUCAGACAUUUUAAGUGGGAUUGAAUGUGGGGGUGUCCUAAUUUAUUCCUCAACAGAAAUUGCAUUUAUUUAAAAUGACAUUUUACAAAAAGUUCAAAAAAAAAAAUCUUCAGUUUUAAUUGUUUAAUUCUAUUUCUUGAAUCUCUCAAUAUUGUUAAAAUUGAUCAUAAAUAUCCAUAUAUGACCAAUUCUUUCACAUGACUGCACCAGAUUUUUAAAAAAGCUCUUAACCGAUAUAUGAAAGGAAAAAAACAAUACUAUACACUGACCACAGUUGUUUUAUCAUAUCUAAAAUAUGAUCAAAGGCAAAGCAGUAGAACACUACUAAAUUAUAGUUGUUGCGACAACCUAACACACAUUCCGUAGUAAAUUGUAAACCAUAUUGGAAAAAAAUGUAAAUAUUUUCUUGAGGCGAAACCACACAUGAACUGUUGCUUUCUUGAACCAGAAUAUCUUUUUAGUGUUUUUAUUUUCAUUAUCAUCUGUUUUUCCAGACUAUUUUUUGUUGUUGUUGUUGUUGACUGCUUUCGGAUAAAACCAAAAUUUAAUUUACUCUGGGGCGACGAUUGACUUUGAUACCAUAGACGUCUCAUCCAUAUCACCCAGUUUUGUAGACUUGACUUGACGAAACGACUUGACUGAAAUGAGAUCUAGUAACUUGAAGCUUCACCCACGCUUUUUAUUGUUUACGCCCUUAGCAGACAGUAGUCGCCUUACCUUCGCUCAGCAAUCAUAGGUUUAGUCAAUAAUAGUUGUUCUUUUAUGUGAAUUCCGCUCUCACGUCAGGAUUGAAUGGUCGUAAAUACUGCAAAGAUUUUCAAUGGCAAAUGAACAAUAAAUCACAGAAGUUUUUUUCCCCUUCAUUAUUUUUUACCCCAUUUUUUUCCCCUAAUCAUAGACUUCACUCUCAGUUGACGGGACACGAGGCUCUAUUUUCAAAAACUUAAAAUUCAAAUAUUGUUAAAACCAAAGUCGAAGGUGACGUAAAACCAAAACAGGCACCUCCCUUAGGCAUGUAUGAGUCUCCAUGAGCAACGGUGUCAAAAAUUCAAAGCUGUUCCCUAAAAAAAUCCCAAAUUAUUUUAAUGUAAGUAUAACAAAAAUUUAAAUGGCUAUAAAAUUCUUGGAUUUUACUGUAGAUGAACAAAAAUAAUGUAAUGCAGAGAUAAUCAUCUAUAUUUUAAGGACCAAUGGGGAUAUUUUACAUAUCAUUUAAGAUUUUGCCCGAAAUAGCAAUUAAAAAUAAAAAAUGUUAUUUGAAUGUAUAGUUACGCUAUUGUGGAUCAAUACAAAAUCCAACACAGUGGCCAUCACAAAACAAAGACCUUUUUAAGUUGAAAAUUCUUGUAAAUAAAUGCGUAAAUUCCAGAAUUUCUAUAGAUAUGAACUAGGGCUGUCAAAAUUAUCGCGUUAACGGGCGGUAAUUAUUUUUUUAAAUUAAUCACGUUAAAAUAUUUGACGCAAUUAACGCACAUGCCUCGUUCAAACAUUAAAAUGACAGCAGUGUCAUGGCCACUUGUUACUUGUGUUUUUUGUCUCCCUCUGCUGGCGCUUUGGUGCGACUGAUUUUAUGGGUUUAAGCACCAUGAGAAUUGUGUAAUUAUUGACAUCAACAAUGGCGAGCUACUAGUUUAUUUUUUGAUCGAAAAUUUACAAAUUUUAUUAAAACGAAAACAUUAAGAGGGGUUUUAAUAUAAAAUAUCUAUAACUUGUACUCACAUUUAUCUUUUAAGAACUACAAGUCUUUCUAUCCAUGGAUCACUUUAACAGAAUGUUAAUAAUGUUUAUGCCAUGUUGUUGAUUUAUUGUUAUAAUAAACAAUUACAGUACUUAUGUACAGUAUGUUGAAUGUAUAUAUCCAUCUUGUGUCUUAUCUUUCCAUUCCAACAAUAAUUUACAGAAAAAUAUGGCAUAUUUUAUAGAUGGUUUGAAUUGCGAUUAAUUACGAUUAAUUAAUGUUUAAGCUGUGAUUAACUCGAUUAAAAAUUGUAAUCGUUUGACAGCCCUAAUAUUAACGUAAAACAGUCGAGAUUCUUGGUUAAAAGCAAAAAAACGUGCAGUUAUCAUUCAUUUUACGUAAAUAUUUCAAGCUAAAGUUACGCUAAUUUUUUCCAUUUCAUUGUUUCACAACUCUUCAAAAUGCACGCAUGGUGCUAUUUUAUAUAACGAUUACCUUGAAUCCUUGACCAAAUCACUCUUGAGCCACUUUUGCCGGCUUGUAUGCACUAAAACUUUCAGCCUGUUUCCACCUAAAUCUGGUGUUCUGCCAAAAUGUCCUACAUGAGGCGAAUUUGACAACCAAAGUGCUACCGUGUGCUCUCAACUUGUUUUAUUUAGAUGCAUACCGACGGAACGUACUAAAAAAAUGCCUAAUGAAAACACUGAAAUGUAGUUAUAUCAAAUAAGGACGGUUUAAAUAAGUUCAUGAAUAAUGCGGUCAACUGCUUUAAAGCUACCACAAAAAACACAAUGGUUAACAGUUUGAGAGGGUAAUACAUGCAAAAUUAUUUUUGAGGCAAUAAAAAGGUAAUAAAAAACUCAAUAAAUACAAAAAUAGUGAGUACUCGCCGCUUUUAACCGAGCGCUAAGCAUUGAGUAGCACUUUUCGCUGCGUAGAAGGAAUUGCUGAACACCAGUGUGUGUUAAAGUUUAUCGCAGUCAAGGUUUUCACGAUGCUCUGCAUAACCCGGCCCCCUACGGGAAGCCAUGGCGCAAUGUCUGCAGGAGCUGUCUCGUCAACUGAUAGUGAAGUCUAUGCCUUAAUCCUGAAAUUGCCUCACAAAUUAGCAAGAAGUGUCACAAAAUAUACAGGAAGUGAACCAGGAAUGCCCCCAAAUCAUCAGAAAGUUACCCGUAAGCAAUGGAAAGUGACCCAUAAGUGCCCUAAAAUCAACAGGAAAUGAGCCAAAAUGUACUGGAAGUGAACCCAGAAUGCUCCAAAAUGUUCAAUAAGUGACGCGUAAGUACAUUGAAAUUAGCAAGGAAGUGACCUGAUUAACUUACUGCCUGUCAUUGACAUAGAUAGACAUCCGAUUCAUUUGAACUGGGAAGACAGGCUGUGAAUGCUAAUCUUUCAGUGCCAAUGACGAUGCUUUACGUCCAAUUAAUUUUGACUGGGAGAGGCAAAGGAAAAUUUGAAUAUUCAUCUGAACAUUGUUCAGUGGCACAUGGGAGAGUAAGGCAAGCAGAAAAUACAUUUUCUAGUUGAGGUAAACUUAUUUCUCAAAAAAAUUGUGGCUUUUUUUUUCAUGUAAUAUGCUAGUAAAACUGAAUUUGCCAAAUUUUUUUUAAAAAUUCUUCGUGACUUCUUCAGUUUGACUUUCUCCUAACACACUGUUCUAUGUUAAAAUUACACGUUUUUUAUCGCAAUUCUUUGACUAGCUUCAUAUUAGAAACAUAUCAAAAAAUAUUUUCCCUAAAUUUACAACUUUUCUUGCAAUAUUGACUUUGUUCUUGUCCGAAUUAUGAGGUUUUUUCCCCCAGUGUUGACGUUAUGCUUGUUUAUUUUCGUAUUUUUUUUCUUAACGUCCAUUUGUCAUGAAAUUGCAACUUUCCACAUGGCAGUAAUGACUUUUUAGAAUUUGAAUUGUUGUCAUGUCUUAACCGCAAUACAAUUUCGACUUUCGUAAUAACUAUGACAUCUUUCCUGUACGAGUUGGCCAUUUUUAUGCUAAAUGUACUCUAACUUUUUAUGUUGGUGGCCCUGAUAUUGCUCCGCUGACAAAUAAGUUGGAAAAAAUCUUAACAUGCAGGUACUUACGGGUAGUUAGUCGACCUUUGUCUAACGUUGCCUUCAAGUUAUCUUAUCCUACAGUAUGUUACCUUAAACGCUCAUGAAACAAAGUGAUGGGACUGUUAAAAAGAUUUCUUAGGCCAGAUCUUCUCUAUUGUUUACUUUUUCUUUAUUAUGAGUUCAAAUAAAGCAUUUGGACAGGC